GCCACCCGACCAUUACCGGAAAAAAUGGCGGAGUAAAAGAUUCCGAUCGGACUUUCUAUAUAUAUCCCCAUCACUUUAUUUCUUUUCCCUCUUCUUCCCCAUUCUUGUAACCCCAAUGGAGCGUUUCUCUGACAUGGAAUUGGAAAGGGAAAGCGACGGCGAGGACGGCGGCGGCGAUUGCUCUCCUCUGUCUUUCCGGUACCUAGAAAUUGAGAACGGGAAAGAAGACCGCCAGCCGGGGACGCCGUCUCCGCCGCAAGAUGUGUUCUACUUCUUCUCCGAUUUCCCGGCGGUGGAGAAACACCGGAUGAGCGAUUCGGCCGUCGAGAUCAACGGGACCCAGAAAUGGGAUUACUUCCGGUCCCACUCCUUCAGCGGGAAGAGGGAAUCAUCCGGGUCGGGCUCGGAGCGGUCCCGCUCCGAUUCGCGGAAGGUGAAUAUAAGCUCCCUGACCACCAUGUCGGCGGCGUCGCGGCGGCGGAUGUUUAUGUUCGGGCCGGUGAGGUUCCAGCCGGAGAUGGAUCUGGUCGCCAUCAGGGAGAGGCAACGCCGGCGGCUCUCUCCCAAGAGGGUGUUGCCAUCCGCCGCGGCGGAUGAAGGGGUGGUGGAGAAGGCCGGUGUUGGCCGCCGAUCGGAGCGGCGUGGAGCUGGGUCCCGCCUGUGGGCCGCCGUAGCGAAACGGCUUAGCUGCUUUAAAGUUGAGUCAGUCGCGGACUAACCACGUUUUCACUUUCUCGAUCAGUGGCUUUCGCGAGCAGAGAGAGGCGGGCAAGAAGAACCAGAGAUCGAAGAGCAGAUCUAUGAAAUCCCAUGGUACAUACGUGAACCAGAGAGAGGCGGGCAAGAUGAACCAUGGUCAGAUCUGUUCCUUUUUCGACAUAAUCUCCAUCAAUUUCAUAGAUCUAUAAAGCUUUUGUUACUCCUAGCCUUGCCCCAAGCCGUCAAAACCUCGGAUGGAAGAGAUUAGAUCUACGAGGGAGGGGGUUACGGAAGGGAUGGCGGCAAGAAGAACCACCGAAGUCAUCCGAUGGUUCCAGAGAGUCGGCGGCAGCGGCUGUAAAGAAUCGCCGGCGGUGGUAGAGAAUCGCUGGCGGUGGUAGAGAAUCGCCGGCGGGGGUGUUGGCAAUCAGAGAUUCGGUACCAGUAGAUUGAAAGAUGGAAGGUUGCAGGGGUAAAAUAGGAAAGUCAAAGCAAAUUUUAUCACACAUUAAUAUGCGUGCUCGGUCAAACCGGGAAGUUCUUUUUUGGACGGAGGGAGUAUGAAUUGAAUUUUGUAAAGAUCUAUCAGAGACACCAUCCAAUCCCGUCGUAUUAAUGGCCGGUACGGCGGAGGCAGGGACGUACAUUCUUAUAAACUCCGUCGUCCCGUAAAUAUUACCGGCCGGAAGCAAGGAGGCACAUCUCAACCGGUGACUGACAAUGCUGGCGGCGGCAGCGGCGGAGCUUCUUGAUGAUCUAAGCCCAGGCACCAUUUCCGGCCAGCUACCGAUGACGGAUUCACUCACUCUUCACUACUCAUGAUAAGCUAGCUAGGCUACCUUGUUUAUGUAGCAUGAUCAUAUAUAUAUUGAGUAUUUGAGAUGAAAUUAUUACUCCUAGCAUUCGGUGUACUCCUUGAAUCUAAACAAAAACCAUUUUUACAACAAAAUGUACUCCAUAAC